AUGGGGCGCCCACAUCCCAGUGAAGGACAAAUGGAAUCGAAGGGAAAGGGCUGCGAUGCAUCUGCAGAGAAGAAUGCUUCCCCCAAUAGGAGCUCCGUCCGUGGCAACGAGGCCGUCGAUGCCAUCAAGUCCAACGUCGAAGCGGCUUGCCCAGAGACUGUAGCAUGCGCUGACAUCCUUGCGCUCGCCGCACGCAUUCCACGUCCUGACUCUCUUUCCAGCACAAAGUGCCGAUGCUUCAUGGGCGGACCGAAAUGGAAGGUUCGACUGGGCCGCCGCAGCAACGUCCCCGGGCCCCCUCCGGUCUAUCUGACCUCAUCUCUUUCCUUCGCUGCCGAGGGGCUCAGCGCACGCGACAUGACCGCCCUCUCCGGUGCCCACACCAUCGGGCAAGCGCAGUGCGGCACCUUCCGCUCCCACAUCUACGACGACGCCAACGUCAACUCAACCUUCGCUGGCCUGCGUAAACGGAACUGCCCGCCCACAGGCGGCGACAGCAACCUGGCGCCGCUCGACCUUGACCCACCGCGAACGUGUUCGACGACGGGUGCUACCGGGACCUGGUGGCCAAGAAGGGACUGCUCUACUCGGACCAGGAGCUGUUCGACGGCGGCUCUCAGGACUCGCUGGUUAGGCGAUACAGCGUCGACAGUGCGGCGUUGGCAAGACAUUUUGCGGCGGCUAUGGCGAAGAUGUGAGCCAUCAGCCCGUUGA